GCCUGGUGGCCAAUGAGCUUCUCCAGAAGAUCAAAUGUCCCUAUAACAGGAGGACUUAAUCGCCUGGUGGAGUUUGCAGACCCUGCAGCCUUUCUCCCAUUCGGCAGAAAGCUCCUUGCUUCUCACAGCAGCUCCCCCCCUCUCAGAAACCUGCCAACAUGUCUGACAACGAAGAAGUGGAGCAAGUAGAGGAGGAAUACGAAGAAGAAGAGGAAGCACAAGAAGAAGAAGAAGCUCAGGAAGAAGUUCAUGAGCCAGAAGUCCAAGAAGAGAAGAAGCCCAGAGUUGUACCACCGCUGACUGCUCCUAAAAUCCCAGAGGGGGAGAAAGUAGACUUUGAUGACAUCCAAAAGAAGAGGCAGAACAAAGACUUGAUUGAGCUUCAAGCCUUGAUUGAUAGCCACUUUGAAGCUCGGAAGAAGGAAGAAGAGGAAAUCCUAGCCCUUAAAGAAAGAAUUGAGAAGCGUAGAGCGGAAAGGGCUGAACAGCAAAGAAUCCGGGCUGAUAAGGAAAAGGAGCGUCAGACCAGGCUUGCUGAGGAGAAGGCAAGAAGAGAGGAGGAAGAUGCCAAGAGAAGAGCUGAGGAUGACAUGAAGAAGAAGAAGGCUCUGUCCUCCAUGGGUGCCACAUACAGCAGCUAUUUGGCUAAGGCUGAUCAAAAGAGAGGAAAGAAACAAACUGCAAGGGAGUUGAAGAAGAAGAUCCUGGCAGAGAGGCGCAAACCUCUAAACAUUGACCAUCUUAGUGAGGACAAGCUGAGGGAAAAAGCCAAGGAGAUGUGGGACUGGUUAUAUCAACUGGAAACCGAGAAGUAUGAGUAUUUAGAGAAGAUCAAGAGACAGAAAUAUGAUAUCACCACCCUCAGGAACCGGAUUGAUCAGGCCCAGAAGCACAGCAAGAAGGCCGGAGCCAAGGGCAAAGUUGGAGGGCGCUGGAAGUAAAGUUCUGGAAGGUGCCUGCAGGCAGAAUCUUCAGCGGUGGCAUGGCUAAAGAUCGCUAGCCUCCCCUUUCCUCUUUAAAUGCAAAUUCCGUUCCCUCGCCUGAGCAAAACCAUAGUUGCAACAUCAGCCUGGGUUGCCUACUGCUUAUUUCUUGGGCUCCCACAUCUUCCAGAGCCAGUGCCCUGGAACGGAGAUGACUCCCUGCUGACACCUCGUACGACCUGCUGUGUGUGUCCUUUUAUUUUCCCAAUCCCAGCCCUACACUGACUGCCCAGUAGAAUGCAGUGUACGAAUCACUUGGUUUUGUAAAUAAAGUGUGACCGAUAAUGUACUUCAGCCAUA